CAGACGGGCGGCGGCGGCGGUACGGAAAGGGCGCCCACUCCCCGGGCGAGCUGCAAGGCGACCGCUCCUCGCGGGCGGCCGGGGUCCGCGCUGCAGCCGCCGGUGCUCUCCGGCCCGGGCUGCCGCGACUGGCGGCCCCGGCUUCCGCCGACUCGCGGCGCCCCCCGGCUGCGCCCCCACGCGCUGCUCGCGGCCCGGGCCAUGGGGCUGGGCGGAUCCGAAGCUCGGCCGAGCUGAGGCGGCGGCGCCCGUCCGCGCAGCCCGCUCGCCGGCGCCUGGCCCUCACGAUGAUGAAGAAGAAGAAGUUUAAGUUUAAGGUGGACUUCGAGCUCGAGGAGCUCUCCUCGGUGCCCUUCGUUAACGGGGUCCUCUUCUGCAAGAUGCGGCUGCUGGACGGCGGCAGCUUCACCGCUGAGUCCUCCAGGGAGGUGGUGCAAGCAAAUUGUGUUCACUGGAGAAAGAAGUUCUCGUUUAUGUGCAAAAUGAGCGCCAGCGCCUCCACCGGCGUCCUGGAUCCUUGUAUCUACAGAGUGUCUGUACGGAAGGAAUUAAAAGGUGGGAAGGCUUAUGCAAAGCUGGGCUUUGCAGAUCUAAACCUGGCAGAGUUUGCUGGAUCAGGAAAUACCACUCGCCGCUGUUUACUGGAAGGCUAUGAUACCAAAAAUACAAGACAGGACAAUUCCAUCCUUAAAGUUUUGAUCAGUAUGCAGCUGAUGUCCGGUGACCCGUGUUUUAAAACGCCUCCUUCUACAUCCAUGUCAAUACCAAUCGCUGGGGAAUCCGAGUCUCUGGAAGAGGACAGGAAAGGUGGCGAGACCCUCAAAGUGCAUCUUGGAAUAGCAGAUCUUUCAGCAAAGAGUGCCUCUGUUCCAGAUGAACUUGGUGCCUGGGGACACUCUAGAACAUCAAGCUAUGCAAGCCAACAGUCCAAAGUAUCAGGGUAUAGCACAUGUCACUCCCGGUCAUCCAGUUUCUCCGAGUUCUGCCAUAGGAGAAAUACCUCAGUGGGAAGCACGUCAACAGGGAUUGAAAGCAUUCUUGAGCCAUGCGACGAAACUGAGCAAAUCACAACUGAACCAAAUCCAGACCCCGCCACCGCCACCGCCACCACCACCAUUAAGGAAGAAGAAGCUUCCGAGAAGCUCGCCAGAUGCCCAGUGAAGCAGGAUUCUGUUGAGUCUCAGCUGAAGCGGGUUGACGACACCAGAGUGGAUGCUGACGACAUUGUAGAGAAAAUCCUACAGAGUCAGGACUUCAGCCUUGACUCCAGUGCAGAAGAAGAAGGGCUGAGGUUAUUCGUGGGACCCGGGGGAAGUACAACCUUUGGCAGCCACCACCUUCCAAACAGGGUUGGAUCUGGAGCCUAUGAACAAGUUGUGAUCAAACGCUAGAAGUGAAGGCGGCGAGCGGAAGCGUCCCUGUGUGGACAACAGGUGUUUCAAGGUGUGUUAGUCAAGCAUGUCAGAAAAACAAGGAGCCUGUUUUCAAAGUGAAGUUCAUCUGUGAAGAGGAACGCAGGGCUGAUCCCUUCUUAAAGCAUCCCUCCCCAUCCUUUCCCACCUACUCACCCACGGGAGGGGGGGGAGGGAGCGCGUAAACGGAUGGGGGAGGGCAGAGGGCGGGGCAGAGAAGGCGUGGCCUGUAUCAGCACCCAGAACAAAAGGUCUGCUUGUGCCUCUGAAGCACCCAGAGACACCCCCCCACCCCCCACCCCCCGCACUGACCACAUCUGAGAGUGAUUUUAGUGUACCAACGUAAAUGUCUAAGUUGGGCGUGCUCAACAGGUCUGGGCUCUGAUUUCUAAUUUUACAUUUAAGAGACAGUACUUGAGGUCAGUUUAAACCCUAUAAAUUCUAUCAAGAUAGUUGUAAUUCCUAUGAAGUAAAUCUCCCAUGUCCUGUUAACUACAGCAUUGUGCUAAGUGUAUUAACUCCUUUUAUGCAGUAAACUGGCAGAAAGAGAGGGUAUUCAUGCUUUGGGGAAAUACUAUGCUAUAACUUAAAAGAUUUUAAAUACUUUAUAAUUCUGAACAUUUCAGACGUAAGUCAAAUGGCAAAUGUGUCCAAGUCUGCAACAGGCGGGCGGAAGGAAUGCUGUGAUGGUGCAGCAUCUAUUAUUCCUGUCAUUAAUAUUAGGUGAGUUGCAAAAGCCCCAGUACCACAGUGUAAGAGUCAAAGUAAGCAUAAUAAUCAGUACAUUAGGCUGCCACAGGCAAGCUACGAGAAGAGCUGUCUCACAGUCCAUUCAGAACUAAGACUUGCUGGUCUAGCGGUCAGAACAGACACAAAACUGUCAGCUGGUCAGACAGAGCACUCCAUCACAGCCAGACCUCUGUGGACUGAGCUUGCCAGGCUGUGCUAAUGGAGGUUCAGCCUAGGGCUAAGCACUGAGGCCACAGGGCUGGCGCUUUCCUAUUUCAGCCUCUUGGACCAAAGACUGUUUCCUUCUUUACUGUGUCAGAAUUUAGCGAUUUGAAGCCAGAGUAGACUGUAGCAUAUCAGCUUUUAGGGUCCAGAUAUCUGGGUCCAUGUUAACAGCAUAGCACACAAGCUGUAGUUUUCCAGGUCUUACUUGACAGUACCCAUGUAGAAAGAGCUAAACUUUCCUUUGCUGAAGAGAAGCUUGAGGUUGUCCAGAACCAUCAAUACCCAAGUCCUCACCUUCACAGUCAUGUCCAGGAAGACCAUAGGUCAGAACAGAAUUACUCUGGCCAAGGUAUUUUUAUGUUGACAAAAUAUUGUUGCAAUGCUUGGAUAUCCAGAUUGGGAAGUUUGGAAAGAUUGGAAUUGUGUUAGAAUUCUUAUUUUAAUAUCUCAAGAAUGAGGUAGUCUACAUUAAUUCAAAUUAUGUUUACAAAGAGAUUCUGAAUUUUUUUUAAAAAGAUGACACCCUGUUUUGAAAUAUUUUGAAUACUAAAAGGAAGGAUUAUCUGAGUCAGAUUAAGACAUACAUGGAGGGCAGGACACUGAGCUAGCAUCUCAAGCAGGUUAUCCAAAUAGGUGAGGACGUGCUGUCUGUUUCCAGAUGAGCAGAUCUACUGUAUGUUACAAUAAGAUCAAAGUAAGUUUUAACUAGAGUUAACAAAGACAUUAUUUAGAGAGGUUUAAUCUGACAAUUUUAAAAGCAUAUUUUUCUAUUUUAAAAAUAUAAUUUCUAGGCUGUAUUUUAUUGGCACUUCUGCAAAUGAUUUUGGAUUCUAAAGAACAGUAAUAACACUAGGUUGUGGGCAUGGUUCAGUGAGGCUGCUCAUCAGACACAUGCAGGUGCUGAAGUCAGGGCAGAGCUGAGCCUUCGCCUGGCUGCCUUGGCCCUGUGUCUUACCACAGGAUUAGAUCUUGGUAUUUUAAAUGGUACAGAAACCUUUUUUUACAACAGUAUAAUGUGUGGGUCUGGGGAAUAUAGCUCAGUUGCUAGAAUGUUUGCCUAGACUACACAAAGUCCUGGGUUUAAUCCCUACCCAGUACAUAAACCAGGCAUGGUGGUACACGCCUAUAAUCCCAGCACUUGAGAGGUAGAGGCAGGAGGAUCAGAUGUUUGGGGUCAACUCCAUAGGGAGUUGGGAGCCAAAGGAGGCUAUGGGGUGCUCUAUCUCAAAAAGGAAAAAGGAAAAUGUGAAGACAUUUUGAAAAGUGCAAAAAGUAUGCCUUUUUAUUUUAGAAGCUACUAAUAAUCUUGAUUCAUAUACUGUUAAAUAUUAUAAAAAUUCACUUAAUAACUAGAAACAUGGAGUUGGAAGGGGAAAGAAUAGUUGUGACUCUCGAGUCCUCUGAAGUGUGGAUUCUCCUCCCCUAGUGUUUGAGGGCAUAUUCUGCAUUCAUAUUUCAAUGUAGUCCUAUCAGAAUGUGAAGCGCUGCUGGAGUGUCUGCAUUUCUGUUCUUUCUGCGUGGCAUAUACUGCCAGGCUCUCUGCCACAAGGCUAUUUUGAAAGCUGUUUGCUGAGUACCAAGUCUACUUUUAACUCUGCUUUGAGUUUAGAGAACAAUAGACUUAGAAAAGUAGGGUCUCAACAAAUUAAUUUUUAAUAUUUAGUUCAAAUUUUAAACAGACCAAUCUUGGAGAAAUUUUUAGCUGUGAGUUGUUUUCUUCUUCUGUCCUAGAAGAAAGGCAGACAGGACCCUUUAAAGCUAGUAUUUGUGAUAAGACAAAAGGAAUACCUUGUUCAGAAGAAUGCACAGGCCACUUGAGGAGAACUUCUCCUGCCACAGGCUGGGGACAAAACUGCACAGGAUGUGACAUACAGGAAAAGGCAGAGAAGGCCCAGAGCCAUUAGUAUACACCAUUAGUAUAUGCCUGAAGGCUGGGCUCUGUUUUGUGGCAGUGUUAGAAGGCUUCUGUAUACAAACAACUAAUGUAUAUUAAAAUUUUUUAUAUUGAAGUCUUGACCAACAACCCCAAACUCUACCCUCAUUCCAUCAUAAAACCAUGACAAUAAUAUCCAAGCUAGAUUCUAUAUAUGGUUUUGUUUUUAAUUUGUUUUUGUUCUUUUUUGUGCAAAACUGUGAGUCACAGAGGCAGACCACUUAACCCCUUUUUUACUAGAAGGAAAAGAAAGUAUCUUCAACUAAUCUCUAUUUGAAAAAUACUCAAAUUCAGGCUCACACCUGUAAUCCCAGCACUUGGGAGGCUGAGGCAGGAGGAUCUAUGAGUUCAAGGCUAGCCUGGGUGGGAUACAUGGUCUCCUUGGAUUCAAGGACAGUCUGGGCCCCCAUGGUAAUCUUGACCCUGACUCAAAAAGCAAUUUUUUUUUAAUCAGUCAACACUGAAUUUUGGUAAGUCAAAGCAUCCAGAAGCAAUUCCAGAUUCUCAGAUUUUCAUGUUCAAUAGACCACUUUUGAAGCAUAAGCUGACAGUAUCAUUAAAUACUUCACUGAAACACUUCUGAAACCUUAGGCUUCCGUGUUUAUGUCAAAUCUCCGAGAGACACAGUGAGCUCAUCUCUAUGACGAGAUUGUACUAUUUUCUUCACAAGUCUUUCAUGUGGACAUUUCAGAAAUUCAGUUCUCUUAGAUGGUACGUCUUGUGAGUAUAAUCAAGUAGGGUAGCUGAGACUGUUAGGCCACCGGGCAUCUUAGGUACUGAGCAUGCUGUCAUUAGUCAAGCUGUGUGGAUGAAAUAUUCCUGUAGUAAGCCUAAGUUAACACUGCCCUGGAAAUAAGGCCUUACUCCCUUCUCCAUGGGACUUUUAUCAGAAAAUAUAUAGAUGGUAAUAUGGGUGGUCUCCCCAUAUAACAAGGAUGACAAAAAAUUUGAUUUACAAUGUGUUCUGUAUUUUGAAAUGAGUAUGUUUAUCUUAUAUAAUUCUUUGACUGCUAUUCAUCGGUCAGUUCAGUGCAAGGAAAGACAGACUUAUACAAGACUUUGAUUAGCUUUGGCAAUAUGUCUUGAGGAUUACCUUUCUCUGUGUUAGUCCAGUCCUUUAGAGGUUAAAACAGUGUUUAUGAAAAAAAUGUUACUGGUGUCUGAAGAACAGCUCAGUGGUAAGGAACCUUCCAGCAUGUGCAAGACCCUGGGGUUGGUCCUUAGCGCUGAAAAGGAGAAAAUGAAGUGACUCCGUCGGUAUUCUGCUCUAAUCCUUGGAGAAUGACCUUCAUAUUUAUAUAUUAUAUGUCUUAUGUCUUAACCAUUCAGUGAUAAAAUCCAGGAAAUGUUUUUUAACAAAAUAAAAUUUUGUUUGUAAAAUGUUUAUAAUAAUAUAAAAGUGGAUCUUAUACAUGUUCAAUAAAAAGUAGUAUCUCAAAAGUUUA